CUCCGCCACCACCGAGCCGGUUUCCUCUUUCCGGCGUUCCGGGUGAGACAGGCAGGUCGGGCCGCCUAGGCAGCGAUCCGCAGUGCUAUCCCGGCGCUCGCCCGAAGACCCGGAAACUACCGUUACUUCGCUGGGCAGUGUGGCGCCAUGAACAACGCGGGACUGAAUUCCGAGAAGGUAGCUGCUCUGAUUCAGAAAUUGAAUUCCGAUCCUCAGUUCGUACUAGCCCAGAAUGUCGGGACAACCCAUGACCUGCUGGACAUCUGUCUGAAAAGGGCUACGGUACAGGGCGCGCAGCAUGUCUUCCAGCACGUUGUGCCUCAGGAAGGCAAGCCGGUCACCAACCAGAAGAGCUCAGGGCGAUGCUGGAUCUUUUCUUGUCUGAAUGUUAUGAGACUUCCAUUCAUGAAAAAACUAAAUAUUGAAGAAUUUGAGUUUAGUCAGUCUUACAUAUUUUUCUGGGACAAGGUUGAACGCUGUUAUUUCUUCUUGAAUGCGUUUGUGGACACAGCCCAGAAAAAGGAGCCUGAGGAUGGGAGGCUAGUGCAGUAUUUGCUUAUGAAUCCUGCAAAUGAUGGUGGACAAUGGGAUAUGCUUGUCAAUAUUGUUGAAAAAUAUGGUGUUGUUCCUAAGAAAUGUUUCCCUGAAUCUUAUACAACAGAGGCAACUAGGAGGAUGAAUGAUAUUCUAAAUCACAAGAUGAGAGAAUUCUGUAUACGACUUCGGAACCUAGUACACAGUGGAGCAACUAAAGGAGAAAUCUCGGCCACACAGGACGUCAUGAUGGAGGAGAUAUUCCGAGUGGUGUGCAUCUGUUUGGGUAAUCCGCCAGAGACAUUCACCUGGGAAUAUCGAGACAAAGAUAAAAAUUAUCAGAAGAUUGGCCCCAUAUCACCCUUGGAGUUCUAUAGGGAACACGUCAAGCCUCUCUUCAAUAUGGAGGAUAAGAUUUGUUUAGUGAAUGACCCUCGGCCCCAGCACAAGUACAACAAACUUUACACAGUAGACUACUUAAGCAAUAUGGUUGGAGGGAGAAAAACUCUAUAUAACAACCAGCCUGUUGACUUCUUGAAAAAAAUGGUUGCUGCCUCCAUCAAAGAUGGAGAGGCUGUGUGGUUUGGCUGUGAUGUUGGAAAAUACUUCAAUGGCAAGCUGGGCCUCAGUGACAUGAAUGUCUAUGACCACGAAUUAGUUUUUGGUGUCUCCAUGAAGAACAUGAACAAAGCUGAGAGGCUGACUUUUGGGGAGUCGCUGAUGACCCACGCCAUGACCUUCACUGCCUUCUCAGAAAAGGAUGAUCAGGAUGGAGCAUUCAUGAAAUGGAGAGUGGAGAAUUCAUGGGGUGAAGACCAUGGCCACAAAGGUUACCUGUGCAUGACAGAUGAAUGGUUCUCUGAGUAUGUCUACGAGGUGGUGGUGGACAAGAAGCAUAUCCCUGAAGAGGUGCUAGCUGUGUUAGAGCAGGAACCCAUUGUCCUGCCAGCCUGGGACCCCAUGGGAGCUUUGGCCGAGUGAUAACUGCCUCCAUUUCUUUCCUCCUCCCGUGGGACCUGAAGUAGCUAUGAAAUGACUGAAGCCAAAGUUACACAGGUGACUGUAUGUUCUUAAGAACACGGUCAGACUCUUGGUUUUCCAAUCUCCUCCAGGAACCUCUUCGGGGAAAUGUGCUUUAUGCUGAAACAAAAUAAUCUUAAAGGGGAAAAAAAGAAAAGAAAAGAAAAACAGGAAAGAUCAGAUCAUACUAUCUACUCUCCUCAUCUCCAUCCAACAGCUCAGGAUCUCUUAGCAUUUUAAUCACAUGUCAAAAAGGUUUGGUUAAGUCUCAUUUUUAAUAAGACAGGAAAAGAUGAGCAGUGGCGGUUUAUGGAAAGAAAAUGGACCUGCUUCUCCUCGUUCCCAGAGUGAAGUCAGGGAGGGGUGUCCCCCUACAAUUUGAACUCUCCAAACUGCAUGCUGCCUGACAGCAUCACUGUCCUUCCUACACGUGGCAGUCACGGAAUU